AUGCCGUCUGCAAAGGUUGUUCUACGCGACGAGCCGUUAAUACGCGAAAAACCCACCCAAAACUUCCCCCAGGUUCUAAAUACCAGUGACGGGACGCUCCUUGUGGAGAUACAGGGCACUAUAAACGUUGGUGAGCUCCCGCUGACCGGAGAAGAGGACGCUACGGAACGCGCUCAGCCAAUAACUCAAUUCACAGAACUGGGUGAUAUCGAGUUUGCAGAGGGCAAUUCUAACACAGUGACUUUGAUUGUUGGGAACAGGCAAAAGCUCGUAGGCAAAGUCGUCAAAUUAGCGAAACCUUUGGCCGUCAUGGAAAUGCCUCCAUCAGCGGAUGCCUCAGAGAUACCCGUGACUCAAAUAUUAACCCACAAAGUCGUGUUUAGCGACCGGCCAGAGCCCUAUCUACCUCCUAUGUAA